UUCAGUUAUUCAAUGUUUGGAUUGUUAGACAGGAUUUUGUUGUAAAACUUAUAAAUGGAAUGUUAAUUGUGAACGACUCAGAUGCACGAACAGGCAUUUCUGAAAUGCAAUCCGAUUAAAAUUUAGAUUAAGUCUUUAAAUAUUAUUAUCAUAUUAAUAUAACAUGAUAUGGAUAACUAUUUUCUUAAUAACUGUUUCGAAAAUAUCUAUUUUGUUUGAAAAUCCUCAUACAAAAACUGUGAAUUCAAACCAGAAAGAAACGGAAAUAAUACUUUUUCUAACGCAACUUUAAUUAUGAUCUCUGUGCGUGGAGCGGUUAAUGACGGACACGGGCAUAUACUUGCGUUCGACCUGGUUGAGUAAGUAAUGGAAAAAUAUAUCUCAAGGACUUAUUACCGCAGAACUGGACUUACGUAGAAGCUACAAAAAUGGGAGUACGGGGACUGAAAUACUUUGUUUUAAUGAAGGAAGGCAAUAAAGAUAAAUUUUUUACAGAUUACAAUUUGCAAGGCACCAAGCUGAUAAUUGAUGGUUCAAAUCUGAUUUACAAACUCCACAGCUUCUAUAAAAUUCCUUAUCAGUUUGGGGGUGACUAUGACCAAUUUGCCAGAAAAUGUAAAGAGUUCUUCGGCAUUUUAAAAAAGUUGGGUGUCGUACCAAUAGUUGUUUUCGACGGAGCAGACGACCCAAACGAUAUGAAAUUAAAGACACACUUCGACCGUAUGGAUCAGCAGUCGAAAAAAGUUGAAGAGAUCUUCAAACAGUUCGAGAACAAUAGAGAUAACUUUUUACUACACCCAUAUGACAACGUCAGUAUACAAGUACAAGACCAAUCUGAAAGAAAACGCAGAACAACCGACUUAUUUGUUCUGCCAUUGCUGUCAAAAAUAACAUUUCGACAAGUUCUGGUGGAACUUGGUAUUGUACAUGCCGCUUGCAUGUUCGAGGCUGAUAGUGAGAUUGCAGUCCUUGCAAAUCACUUCAAAUGUCCAGUGCUUAGUGACGACGCCGAUUUCUUCGUAUUUGAACUAAAAUACGGGGUUAUACCAUUCGACUGUUUAUCUGAAUUGCUUCAAUCGGAAGAAAGAAUGUCUUCCAAGCGGGUCAGUAUUUACUAUAGCAAAUGUUUUAUAAAGGAAUUCAAAAUGGAAGAAGGUGAUCAAUACAUCUUACCAACCUUAGCGACAUUUACAGGAAAUGAUUAUUUUGACGGGUCGAAUUGUAAUGUGGAACAGAUCGUGGAUUGGAUAUGUGAAGAAGCAUUCCCAAAUGGCAAGUAUGCAUUUGACUUUGUUUCUGGGUACAUUUAUCAGAAAUAUUCCAAUGAGAAGAUGAAACAAUUUCAAGAAUCUGCUAUAUCAUACAUUAAAACUGAACUUGGAAUAUCGAUAGACCAGUCCGAUUUAUCCCUUGGAGAACAAGUACAAAAAAAAUAAAAGCUCGCUUUGAAAGCCGGUCAGAUUUCAGUAAGUUACGUGAGUUACCACAAUGGCUUGUUGACAAACAUAUCAAUUGUGAUAUUGACUGUUCAUUUAUAUUGAACAUAGCAGUCAAUCGUACACUCAUGUUCAAAGCGCAACUUGAAAAUCUCGACGAGACGUCUUCAUUUGCAUGUUCCGAAGGCAUCCGGCGUAUUGUUUAUGGACUGAUAAUUGGCAUAGAAAAAAAGGCAGAAAUGAAAGAAUAUCAAUAUAAAAAAUCAUUGGAAAAGGUUGUCAGUUCAAAUGUGGAGCCUAUCAGUUCUCCAGGUUUCCCGGAAUUAUCAAAGUAUC